AUGGUGAUAUACAAGGAUAGACAAUUAUCGGAUAGGGACACAAGUUGCAUUUCCACUGAUAAAUAUAGGACUAUGGAAAACCACGUGGAACAAGAUACAUGUAAAUAUUUGACACAGCAGAAUGAAACUGGAGGUGCUGAAAUAAAGAAAAACAAAAUUAACAGAAAAAAAUGCAAGAAUAGUUUAACAGUUCCUGUAGAAGACACGGAAACUGCAAGUAGUGGGAUAGAUAAACAUGAUUUAGACGAAUUAAAGGCUGUUUACAUGAAAUGUAAAGCAGUUAUGAUGCGAAUUGAAUCUAAGUAUGGACAUUUAUUAAACAUUUCGGAAAACGACACAAAGGACAGCAAAGAAAUCUCUGAGGAUACUGAAGAUACUUCAGAUAAGUGUGAAUGUAAAACUACAAAAAAAAUUGUAUUUGACGAGGAUGGGAAAAUUAUAAAUACUGACAUUUCUUUGGACAAACACAUAUGCCCAAAAAAGUUGAAAAGAAAAUAUAGCGAUGCUGAACUUACAAAUAAUGUUCAAGUGGAGUAUGAGAUACCAGAGCUAAUAUCAGAUAAUAUAGGUGUUUUAUCAAAUAUUUUACAAGACCCUGGCUUAGAAAUCACCUACAGAAAUAAAAUUUUACAUAAAAUUAAGUUAUUAAAACAAGAAUGUACAAAUGAAAUGAAGUUUAACAAAAAAUCUUUAAUAAACAGAGUAAAAACCAAUCCUAAUGAAAUAUUUGAGUUUAAGGGCUCAAAUUUAAAUGAAUUGCCAGGUUAUUGGUACUAA